AUGCUCGAUCCAUUCAUCGUCGACGUGCUUAAAAAGCCACAGGAACGCUGGUUUUUGCUUAAACUCGAACAAGAAUUAGAAGCAUUUGUUAACAAUUAUCAAAUGUACCGUUUGGAUCUUCCUCAAAUGAAUUCUUAUCAGCGUCGCAUGGUGCACAAAGUGGCCCCUUACUUCAAGCUGAGCCAUUUUCAUGACCCUUUAAGAAAAGCAGUGUAUCUUUGUAAAACGCCCUUCACAGAAUUGUAA